GCGGCCUGGGAAAGUCAGCAGUCAGCAGCGCAGUGGAGGGAACCGCAGCCCGGCGGCCCUGGAACCUCCCAGAUAAAUACUAUUUCAUGUUGGAUAUGUACUACAUUUUCACUAUCCAUUUGUCAAAUGAAGGACAUAAAGGGCAACAAGCCAUCUGUUCAUUGUUCCUGAAAGAAAAGCUCAAAGAAGAUAAAUGGCUGAUUAUCCAGUAAACAUGUCCCAGGAUCUGCUGGGUCUGCUGACAUUCAAGGAUGUGACUGUGAACUUCUCCCAGGAGGAGUGGGAAUGCCUGGACUCUGCUCAAAGGGCUUUGUACAUUGAUGUGAUGUUGGAGAAUUAUGGAAACCUGCUCUCUGUGGGGAACUAUUAUAUAUGCGAUCCUGUCUAUCAACAUGUGAUGACUGAAAAGGAGUCUUGUCAGUAUAAUGAGUGUGGCAAAGUGCUUCAUGACCCCUGCACUUGUGCACUUUAUAGAACAAAUGAAACUAUAGAAAACACUAAUAACCACAGACGCAGUAAUCACAGGGAUGACUCUAUUGAUUCAUCAAACACAGAUCGACAUGAAAGUAUGCACAAUGGAGAAGAACCUUCCAAAUCUAAAGAUUGUGAUAAAUCUUUAAAUUUGUGUUCCAGCAUUACUCAAGAUCAGAGACUGUACACUGCAAAGACACAGCACAGGCAGGGAGAAUAUGAUGACUACUUUGAUUCUACAUACAGUCUUUUACAACAAAAAUUCUCCAUUGGAGAGAAACCACACCAGUGUAGGAAAUGUGGGAAAUACUUCAGUGCUGCCUCAAGCCUCACUAGACAUCAGAGAAUUCAUACUGGAGAGAAACCUUACAAAUGUGGAGAAUGUGACAAAUCCUUCAGCCAACGUUCAAAUCUUAGAGCACAUCAGAUAAUUCAUACUGGAGACAGACCUUACAAAUGUAUGGAAUGUGACAAAUCCUUCACCCAUAAAUGUUAUCUUCAGACACAUCAGAGAGUUCAUACUGGAGAGAGACCUUAUAGUUGUAAGGAAUGUGACAAAUCUUUUAUUAGGUGCUCCUACCUCAGAUCACAUCAGAAAAUUCAUACUGGAGAGAAACUUCACAAAUGCGAAGACUGUGAUAUGUCCUUUCUCCGGAUUUCAAGUCUUAAAAGACAUCAGAAAAUUCAUACUGGAGAGAAACCCUUCAAGUGCAAAGAUUGUGACAUGUCCUUUCUCCGGAUAUCUCUUCUUAGGAUACAUCAGAAAAUUCAUACUGGGGAGAAACCUUACAAAUGUCUGGAAUGUGACAUAUCCUUUAAAUGGAUUUCAAAUUUUAGACGACAUCAGAAACGUCAUACUGGAGAGAAACCUUACAAAUAUCUGGAAUGUGACAAAUCCUUUACCCACUUGUAAAAUCUUAGAACACAUUAGAGAGCUCAUACUGUAGAGAGACCUUACAGUUGUAAUUUUUCACUAUUCUCUGCUUAUAAAUCCCAAUAGUGUACAUAAUAUGCUACAGGAUAACUUUUUAUGUACUGUGAAGAUAUGUGUUUUCAAAAGAACCUUCUGAUUGGUUUAAUAAAAAGCUGAAUGGCCAAUUAGGCAAGAGAGAAUGUGCAGAACUUAUUAGGGGAGAGAGCAACUUGGGAUAUAUCUGGUGUAGCAGGAGAUGCCAGCAAGACAAGAGAAGAGUCAGAUGUACAGAAUGGAGGAGAAGUAAAGAACCACUUGGCAAAAUGUAGGUUAGUAGAAACAUGUUACUUUAAGUUAUAAGAGCAAGUUGGGAACAAGCCUAAGCUAAAGGCCAAUCUUUCAUAAUUAAUAAUAAGUCUUUGUGUCAUUAUUUAGGAGCUACCAGUCCAAAGAAAGUUCAACAAGAAAGACAAACUACAAUAAUAGAAACAUAAAGAUAAGAUGCCUGUGAAAGACUAUUACCAAGUUUUAAAUCUAAGAAAAUAUGACAGAGUUCAUAUUUUUAAAAAUUCUGCAAUAGUAACUGAAAUUUUUUUAAUGUGUAUGGGUGCCUUGCCCAUUGUGUAAAGAGUUGCUUUGCAGCUCUUUCUGUAUACUACUUGUUUGCCAAGUACAUCUGAAUGCUAGCAGAGGGCAUAAGACUCCCCAAAAGUGAAGUUACAUACAAUUAUGAGCACCUAUGUGUGUGUUACAAAUUGAACCCCAGUCCUCUGGAAGAGCAACCAGUGCUCUUAAUCGGUAAAUGUUGACUCCAGCCACUGUGAAAUGCCAUAAUUAUUUAUCUUAGCUGGGAAAUGGUAGUACACACCUCUAAUCCUGGCAUUCAAGAGGCAGUGGCAAGUGGAUAGGUGUGAGUCUGGGGCCAGCCUAGUGUACACAGCUAGUUCCAGGAUAGCCAAGGCUGUUACAUAAUGAAAUCUUUUCUCAAAAACCAACCAAACAAUAUUGUGCAACAUUCAAGAAUUCAUAAUAAAGACAGGCUACAUGGUGUAUGCCUUUAAUCCGAGCAAUCCAGAUGCAGAGGCAAGAAGAUCUCUAUGAGUCUAAGGCUAUCCUGGUCUUCAUAGUGAGUUCCAGAACUGUCAGGAGUACAUAGACCUAUCUUGAAAAAGUUAAAUCAUAAUACGGACAAAAUAUACUAACAUAAAAAAUGUGACAAAGACCUCUAAUUGUACUGUACAUUACAAAAUUCAUAAUUCUGAGAAAAGAUAUAGAGGUAUACCAUACAUAAUCCCCAUGUCUUCUG